CCAGGGAUGCGAGUUGCCAUGGCAACCCAGGAUGCAAACAUCUCUGCCAAGCACUGAACACCACCAAAAACAUCCGUCUGUCUGUCUGCACUGGGGCGUUGUGCAGAGCAGAGCCAGCGCUGCUGGGAAGGAACGAAGGGAGGUCAAGGACAAGUUAAAAUUGGAAAGAAAGCUGAACAUGCCGUUUCGUAGCCCUUGCUUCCCUUGCAGUUACAUGUUCACCAGAGAAUUUUAAGCCCCAGUCCAGCACAGGGAUCCCAGCACCUGCACAGCAGCAUGGCUCCAGGAACCCAGUGAAGUUCCACAGGCAACCACAGCCCAGGGGCAGAGGAGUGACGGCAGGCACAGCCCAAGCCGCGUGGCGGUGGCAAGCAUUGGGGCCAGCGGCACAGCCCCGGAGUGGCCAUGGGGCAAAAAUGCAUGGACAAGCUGUCCUCAUUCCUCUUCGAGUAUGACACCCCCCGCAUGGUGCUGGUGCGGAACAAGAAGGUGGGACUGACCUUCCGGCUGAUCCAGCUCAUCGUCCUGGCGUACAUCAUAGGGUGGGUUUUCCUCUAUGAGAAGGGCUACCAGACACAGGACAGCAUCAUCAGCUCUGUGUCAGUGAAACUCAAGGGCCUGACAAUGACCAACGAGAGCACCUUGGGUCCACGCAUCUGGGAUGUCGUGGAUUAUGUCUUCCCACCCCAGGGGGACAAUUCUUUUGUGGUGAUGACCAACUUCAUUAUCACUCCUGGACAGAAACAAGGAACCUGCCCUGAGCUGCCGGAUACUGGUCUCUGCAGCCAGGACAGCGACUGCACUAAGGGGACAUACAGCCGCCAGGGGCAAGGAAUCAUGACAGGCAAAUGCAUUGAUUUCAACGCUUCAGUGAAGACCUGUGAAAUCUUUGGCUGGUGCCCUGCUGAAGUGGACUACCCCAUCCCCACACCUGCCCUGUUGCCAGAAGUGGAGAACUUCACCAUAUUCAUCAAGAACAGCAUCACCUUCCCCAAGUUCAAGGUGUCCAGGCGCAACUUAGUGGAGAGCGUCACCGUGCAGUACCUGAAGAAAUGCACGUACCACAAAGUCACCGACUCCUUGUGCCCUGUGUUUGACCUGGGAUAUGUUGUGAAGGAAUCAGGUCAAAAUUUCAGUGUGCUGGCUGUGAAGGGUGGUGUGGUGGGCAUCACUAUCGACUGGAACUGUGACCUCGACUGGCCUAUCCGGUACUGCAAACCUAUUUACCAGUUCCACGGCCUGUACAAUGACGAAAGCAACGUUUCACCGGGCUUCAAUUUCAGAUAUGCCAAAUACUACAGAGAAGAUGGGAUGGAAAAGAGGACGCUGUACAAGGUGUUUGGGAUCCGAUUUGACAUCCUGGUGAACGGCAAGGCGGGCAAAUUUGACAUCAUCCCCACCAUGACCACAAUUGGCUCUGGGAUUGGUAUUUUUGGAGUGGCCUCCGUCCUUUGUGACCUGCUCCUGCUGCAUUUUCUCCAAGGACGGGACUACUACAAGCAGAAGAAGUUCAAGUACGCAGAACAGGAGCCUCAUCCACACUGCCCGACAGACCUGCACCCUCUUCCUUCUCCUCUUCCAAAAUGCAGUCGUCAUCCCCAUCACCAGCUUCAAGGCAGCAAGAGCAGCGUCCGAUGUCGACUCACAGGAAUUCUGGGCACAGGGCUUGCUGGGACACUGGAGCAGGUGGUACCUGCAUGGGCCACUGGGGACCUGCUCUCACUAAGGCACCCACGGGACCUCUACCAGCCUUGUGUGGGGUGCUGGACCUGUGCUGAGGUGUCCUGCACCCCAAGCCCCUGCAGCCUUGAGCAGAUCCAGAUUGAGGAGUGGGGGUGGAAGGAGAGCCAGCGAGAACCAUGCUCAGCCCCUCAGCAUGGGAGAGAAAGAGUUAUUUUGUAAGAAUGUAUUUUAUUAAAAAAUAAUAAU